UCCUCCCCCCCCUUGUUCGGUCUCCUCAGCCACUACUGCAGCAGAGCCCGUUGUCUCCUGGAUGGAUCCACGAAGAAAGACCCCCCCGACCAUACGGCCUGUCCCCUCCCGCGCCACGAUGAUGGGCCCCCAGCGAUUAACAGCGUCGUUGUGAUGAUGAUAUUGGGUUAUUUUAGCAAUCAAAUAUGAAUCAUGCAUUUGAUAUUUCUCGCCACUUCGCUCGUCUGCAUCCUCUCGCCUUGGCUCCAUCUAUCACUGGCUUCAUCCGCUACCCAUGGAGUAGAGGACAAGGUUGAGAGGGACGCAGUGUCAGCACUGCUGAAGCAACAGGCGACUGCAGCACCUGCCACAGACAACACAACACACCAUGCAGCAGAGCACGCUAUCACCUACCCCUCACGGCUGAUCUACUACCUGAACGAGGACUCUGAGAGCACCCACCAUGACCUCAACACCCGGGCUAAGAACCAGGCCGCUGCUGACCAGACAGUACACCUCUCCCAAGCCAGUUUCCAGUUAGAGGCAUUUGGUUCCAGAUUUGUUCUGGAUCUGACGUUGAACAAUGACCUACUGUCUUCGGAUUACGUUGAGAUCCACUACGAAAAUGGAAAACCCGUCCUGUCGAAGGGCGGGGAGCACUGCUACUACCAUGGCCAGGUGAGGGGGAGCAGCGAAUCCCAUGUGGCCUUAUCUACCUGCAAUGGGCUGCACGGGAUGUUUGACAAUGGAGUCCAUGCAUAUCUAAUUGAGCCCUUGCAUCAGGCCCACUUAAUUGAUACAGCUGCAAGACCUCACAAAAUAAAGAGAGCAGCCACAAUUCUAACCAACCAUGGUUCGAAAGAACAGGUGGACAAGGAGGAGGAGGAGGAGGAUCUCUUCUCGGAGCUAAAUGAAUUAUCCUGGCUGAGGCGCAGAAAAAAACGAGCAAUGCCUCGUAGCGUCUUUGAGGAGAUGAAGUAUUUGGAAGUCAUGAUUGUCAGUGACCACAGUAUGUAUAAAAGACACAAAAACAAGCAGCACACAACAAAUUUUGCAAAAUCUGUCGUGAAUCUUGUUGAUGGCAUCUUCAAAGACGAACUGCACACGCGUGUGGUGCUUGUUGCUUUGGAGAUCUGGACAGAGAAAGAUCAGAUCCCCAUAGGUGUGAAGCCUCUGGAAAUGCUUCGAGAUUUCUCCAAGUAUCGCCAGCAGAGCAUCAAGCUGCAUGCUGACUCCGUGCAGCUCCUCUCAAAUGUGACCUUCUAUUACAGGAGAAGCAGCGCCGCAUACUUUGGUGGCAUGUGCUCCAUUAGCCGUGGAGUCGGGGUCAACGAGUACGGCACCACCUGGUCCAUGGCAGUGUCUCUGUCUCAGAGCCUGGCACAGAACCUGGGCAUCCAGUGGGAGCCUGCAGCCAAGAGAAAAGAAUGCGAGUGUGUAACCUCAUGGAGCGGCUGCAUAAUGGAGGACACUGGGAUCCAACGCCCAAAGAGGUUCUCCAAAUGCAGCAUCUCCGAAUACAGGGAGUUCCUUUUGAAAGGUGGAGGCUCGUGUCUAUUUAACAAACCAACAAAGCUGUUUGAGGUGGCACAUUGUGGAAACGGCUAUGUAGAAGUGGGAGAGGAGUGUGACUGUGGACUGAGAUCAGACUGCCACAAGAGCUGCUGCAAGAAGUGUUCACUUGCUAAUGGAGCACACUGCAGCGAUGGGCCUUGCUGCAAUGUCACAUGUCUGUUUUACCCACGCGGUUACAGCUGUCGCUACGCUGUGAACGACUGUGACAUCUCAGAGACCUGCACUGGAGACUCUGGACAGUGCCCCCCUAACCUGCAUAAACAAGACGGGUACAUGUGUCAGGUCAACCAGGGUCGUUGCUACAGUGGAGAAUGCAAAACAAGAGAAAACCAGUGCAAAUACAUCUGGGGAUCAAAGGCUGGAGGUUCAGAGAAGUUCUGCUAUGAGAAGCUGAACACAGAGGGGACAGAAAAGGGCAACUGUGGAAAAGAUGGAGACCGAUGGAUCCAGUGUAGCAAGCAUGACGUGUUCUGUGGUUAUCUUCUGUGUACCAACGUGAAGGGAACAGCACGCAUCGGAAUGAUGAAAGGAGAAGUUACUGCCACCUCCUUCAAUCACCAAGGCAACGUGAUACAGUGCAUAGGUGCCCACGUCCUUUUGGACGACGACACCGAUUUAGGCUACGUGGAGGAUGGGACUCCCUGUGGGCCGUCAAUGAUGUGCCUUGACCAUAAGUGUCUGCCCCUUCAGUCGCUCAACGUGAGCACCUGCCCCAUUGGGCCUAAAGGACAGGUGUGCUCUGACCAUGGGGUGUGCAACAAUGAAGCCACAUGCACAUGUGACGCCACAUGGGCGGGGACAGACUGCAGCAUGCCUGACCCACCUAAAGAGCCCGACGUCACUCCAGACGAAGAACCCAAGGGUCCUAGUGCCACCAAUCUAAUAAUAGGCUCCAUCGCCGGAGCCAUCCUUGUGGCUGCCAUAGUGCUGGGGGGGACUGGAUGGGGCUUUAAGCUGAGCCUUUUAAAUGGAGUGGUGAGAGCGACAGAACAGACACAGAGAAACGCACAGAGAGAGAAGCCAGGACCUUUUUGUUGCCCGCAGCCUUUGUGGCAUGGCUGGCCACACCCACCUGGAUGGCCAGGCUCGGACCCGACCACACCAGCUGCCAUUGCUGCCUGCUUCACAGACCUGAAAUGUGAAGAAGCGGCGUUACGACCCCAACGCCCCGGCCAUUUAACUCGAGGAGAGGUGACAGUCGCAGACGAACUCCCCCGAGGCUUCCUUAGUUGGCUACCUGACAGCUGGACUGCACUUACUGCUGCUGACUUUUUUGGCAUUAGAUUUACUUGAAAAAGACAUAGUGGACAUUUUAAUAAAUCCCAUUGUAGUGACAUUAAAAACACAGCCUUUUUAACUCCACAUGCAACUCCCUGUUCCCUUCCAACUCCUUCUUUUAGUGCCAGUGCACAGGCAUUCAGGUGGAAUCCACACCAUCCUCUCACCUUGCAUGAUGUUACACACAAGGUGUGCUGCUUGCUGGCCCUCCUUGGCAUGAAAAGCCCUCUCUCUAGGGCUCGGCAUGGCUAACAAAGCUAUGAAUAUAGCGCAUAAAAAACAUACAAAGACAAAAAAGGACCUAUCUAUUGCAGGAGAAAGCCUCGUUAAAAACCAAACACACUGGAAACCCAGUUUGAACUCAAUUUCCUGUUUUAGGUGCUGCAUGUGAGGACAAUGCAGACCAACUAACGAAUAAACACACACUAAACUGUUCACCGAUUAGGAGUUCAGGUUUCUAAUCGACUGCUUAUUUCACAAUGAUAUCAACUGCUUUCGUUUUCUGUCUAAGCAUGUUUUAUAGCAGACGUAACCGAACAAUAGCAUAUUGAUUUGGGCCAGACAGAGGAGAAACGUGUGAUCUGGAGGGACCCAGUUUGGGAUCAGCUCUGGGAAGAUCCCCUCCCAAUGAAGCAUUGCUAAUGGUGACCUCAAAGCCAAAGAAUCAAUCACCUGAACAGAUGGAUGUUGUUGCACACAGAGCACUUUUCCUCCCCCUCUGUCUGGAGCCAGUGGUGCCUCCCCCGCCCCCACUGGUAAGGGCAUGAAGUCUGUCCAUGCAGGCCUUUGCCUGUCCAACCAGUUCCUCAUCAGCAACCACCUUACUAGCAUUAGCCUUUUUUGCUCUUAUAAACUCCUGAGUAGGAAUCAAGUUUGGCUCUUCUGACAAAAUCGCAUGCAUGCAAUCACUGUAGUGGGCUUAUAAUUCUAUAUGGGAGUCCCCCAAAAAAUCUGCAAGAAAAAUAUACUACAAAAGGUAGGAGCAUGUCAACAACCAGAACAUUUAGAUUUUAUUUACUAUGCAAAGAGAGAUAUUGCACAAAAAGUAUGGGUAAUAGUGACAUCAAUGUAGACAUGGAAUUACAAAAAAAGUCAGCUGAUUACUCUUUUCUAUUUGGCCACUCCAAUGUCUUGUUUCAUUUCGCUUCAAACUGGGUGAACAUAAACUAAAAACUUUAAACUAUUUAAAAAAAUAGCAAAGUCCAUAUUUCCAGCGUGAAGCGAGAGAGCACUCAUUUUACAUUUGUGAAAAUGUAAGUAAUUUCUUCUUCUUUUUUUUUUUAUCCCGUUUUAACAUUUUUAAUCACACACAAGCAGACUGUAUGCAUAACGAGGCCUGAAUAGUUUCUUCAUGCAGGACCAUCAUCAUUUUCAGUCCAGCUGAUAGUUGGUGUGUUCCAGGUGCUGCCAAAAGCACUGGCCUUGUUGUGAUCCUCCAUGUUACUCAUCGUCUGGUGUCCCUCUCACUGCAUCAUGUACAGUCGAACCCAUUAAUAAACUACAGACAUAUUUUA